CUUCCAGGCAGCGGGCGCCGCUCCACUGGCCAUCCGGGCAGGAAGGGUCUCUGGGUCAGUGGCUGGGGAGCCGCCCCAGUGAGUCAGUUUCUAGCAGGCAAUUCCGGGGGAGCCCCUUUACUGCGGAGCCACAGCUAGUGAGGACAGACGCCAGCCUAACAACACCUCCUAUGCAACCAGAGCUCAGAAAACCCAAUCCGGGAAGAAAGAGCAGCCCAGGAGGAGGAAAGGGCUCCAAGGAGCCUUGCUCCUGAGGGUUCCCUCAGGUGCUGCUGGAGACGUGUCACUCGGUAGCAAGUACAAAAUUGGAAAUGUUGUCUUCACCAGAACCUAAGGGCCUUAUCCCCUUCACUAGAGAGUCUUUUGAACUUAUAAAACAACGUAUUGCUAAAAAACACUGUGAGGAACAUGAAGAAGAAGAUUUAAAGGCAAACAGUGACUUGGAAGCUGGCAAAGAGCUUCCAUUUAUUUACGGAAACCUUUCUCAAGGAAUGGUGUCAGAGCCGUUGGAAGAUGUGGACCCAUACUACUACAAGAAAAAAAAUACUUUCAUAGUAUUAAAUAAAAACAGAACAAUCUUCAGAUUCAAUGCUGCUUCCAUCUUAUGUACAUUGUCUCCUUUCAGUUCUAUUAGAGGAACAACUAUCAAGGUUUUGGUGCACCCCUUUUUCCGACUGUUAAUUUUAAUCAGUGUCCUGAUUGAUUGCAUAUUUAUGUCCAUGACCAAUUUGCCAAAGUGGGGACCAGUAUUGGAGAAUACUUUGCUUGGAAUUUACACAUUUGAAAUAAUUGUAAAACUCUUUGCAAGAGGUGUCUGGGCAGGGUCUUUUUCUUUCCUUGGUGAUCCAUGGAACUGGCUUGAUUUCAGCAUAACUUUGUUUGAGCUUAUAACAAGAUAUUCGCCUCUGAACUUCAUUCUAAUGCUUCAAACUGCAAGAACUUUGAGAAUUUUGAAAAUUAUUCCUUUAAACCCAGGUCUGCAGUCCCUUGUAGGGAUCCUGAUUCGUUGCUUGAAGAAACUCACUGGUGUCAUUAUCUUAACUCUAUUUUUCCUGAGCAUAUUUUCUCUAAUUGGGAUGGGGCUCUUCAUGGGCAACCUGAAGCAUAAAUGUCUGCGAUGGCCCCAAGAAAAUGAAAAUGAAACUCUGCACAACAGAACCGGAAAUCCAUAUUACAUUCGGGAAACAGAAAACUUUUAUUAUUUGGAAGGAGAAAGAUAUGCUCUCCUCUGUGGCAAUAGAACAGAUGCUGGUCAGUGUCCUGAAGGAUACGUGUGUGUAAAAGCUGGCAUAAAUCCUGAUCGUGGCUUCACAAAUUUUGACCAUUUUGGCUGGGCCUUAUUUGCCCUAUUUCGGUUAAUGACCCAGGAUUACCCUGAAGCACUUUAUCACCAGAUCCUUUAUGCUUCUGGGAAGAUCUACAUGAUAUUUUUUGUGGUGGUAAGUUUUUGGUUUGCCUUUUACAUGGCAAGUUUAUUCUUGGGCAUACUCGCUACGGCCUAUGAAGAAGAAAAGCAGACAGCUGUUGAAAAAACUAAGAAGAUUGAACCAAAAUUUCAACAGACUAUAAAAGAACUUCAAGAAGAAAAUGAAGCAGCCCAGACCACAACUACACAAAUAGAAAUGAAGAAAAGGUCACCAACUUCCACAAAUAUAUCUUUGGAUACGUUGGAAGAUGCUACUCUCAGAUAUAAAGAAGAACUUAAAAAAUCCAGGAAGAAAUGCCCAUUUUGUUGGUAUAGGUUUGCAAAACUUUUCUUGAUAUGGAAUUGUUCUCCCUGUUGGUUAAAAUUGAAAGAGUUUCUCUAUAGGAUUAUAACAGACCCAUUUACUGAUCUUUUCAUUACCAUUUGCAUAAUUUUAAACAUAUGUUUUUUGGCCUUGGAACAUUAUCCAAUGAGUUCACAAAUUAACAAUCUUCUCAACUUUGGAAACCUGGUUUUUAUUGGAAUAUUUGCAGCAGAAAUGAUUUUAAAAAUAAUCGCCAUGCAUCCAUAUGGGUAUUUCCAAAUAGGCUGGAACAUUUUUGAUAGUAUAAUUGUGUUCCUUGGUUUAGCAGAACUCUAUCUAGCAAAUAUUCAUGGAUUGAUUUCUUUUCGAUCAUUCAAGAUAUUGCGCAUUUUCAAGUUGGGGAAAUAUUGGCCAACACUGGAGAAUCUGAUGCUGACUCUUAGUCAUUCAUGGGUGGCCUUGAGAGACUUGGUUCUGCUGUUGUUCACAUUCAUCUUCUUUUCUGCUGUAUUCGGCAUGAAGAUGUUUGGUCGGAGUUACAAGGAAUGUGUCUGUCACAUAGACAAAGACUGUCAACUCCCACGCUGGCAUAUGUCUGACUUCUUCCACUCCUACCUGAAUGUGUUCCGAAUUCUCUGUGGAGAGUGGGUAGAAACCUUAUGGGACUGCAUGGAGGUAGCAGGUCAAUCCUGGUGUAUUUCUUUUUACAUGAUGGUCAUUUUAAUUGGAAACUUAUUGAUACUUUACCUAUUUCUGGCAUUGGUGAGCUCAUUUAGUUCAUACAAUACUGCAACAACUGAAAAGAACAAGGAAGCAAAAAAUCUCCAGCUUGCAAUGGAGAGGAUUAAAACAGGAAUAAACUAUGUGUAUCUUAAAAUAUUAUGCAAAAAACAAAAUAUCCCAAAGGAGACAAUGGACCAUGUAAAUGACGUAUAUGUUAAAGAGGACAUUUCCGACCAUACACUCUCUGAACUGAGCAACACCCAAGAUUUCCUCAAGGACAAGGAAAAAAGCAGUAGCACAGAGAAAAACACAAUGACCGAAAAUGAGAAUCAAUCACUUAUCCCCAGUCCUAGUGUCUCAGAAACUGUACCAAUUGCUUCAGGAGAAUCCGAUAUAGAAAAUCUGGAUAAUAAAGAGAUUCAGAGCAAGUCAGGUGAUGAAGGCAGCAAAGAGAAAAUAAAGCAAUCUAGCUCAUCUGAAUGCAGUACAGUUGAUAUUGCUAUCUCUGAAGAAGAAGAAAUGGUCUGUGAACGUGAAAGGCCAAAGCAUCUUAAAAAUGAUUAUGGACGGAGAUCUUCACCUGGUCAAAUCAGUAGAGAAUAUAAGAAAGGAAAAAUUUGGCAGAACAUAAGGAAAACCUGCUUCAAGAUAGUAGAGAACAGUUGGUUUAAGUGUUUUAUUGGCCUUGUCACUCUGCUCAGCACAGGCACUCUGGCUUUUGAAGAUAUAUAUAUUGAUCAGAGAAAAACUAUUAAAAUUUUAUUAGAAUAUGCUGAUAUGAUUUUCACUUACAUCUUUAUUCUGGAAAUGCUUCUAAAGUGGAUGGCAUAUGGUUUUAAAGCCUAUUUCACUAAUGGCUGGUACAAGCUGGACUUCAUGGUUGUUAUUGUAUUUUGUCUUAGCUUAAUAGGAAAAUCUCGAGAAGAACUAAAGCCACUUAUUUCCAUAAAAUUUCUUCGGGCACUCAGAGUUGUAUCUCAAUUUGAAAGCAUGAAGGAGGUUGUGAGAGCUUUGAUAAAAACAACUUUGCCUACUUUGAAUGUGUUUCUGGUCUGCCUUAUGAUCUGGCUGAUUUUUAGUAUCAUGGGAGUACAGUUAUUUGCUGGCAAGUUCUAUGAAUGCAUUGACCCAACAAGUGGAGAAAGGUUUCCUAUAUCUGAAGUCAUGAAUCAAAGUCAAUGUGAAAGCCUUUUGUUUAAUGAAUCCAUGCCAUGGGAGAAUGCAAAACUGAACUUUGAUAAUGUUGGAAAUGGUUUCCUUUCUUUGCUUCAAGUAGCAACAUUCAAUGGGUGGAUCACUAUUAUGAAUUCAGCAGUUGAUUCUGUUGAAGUAAAUAUGCAGCCUAAUUUUGAAAUCAACAUCUACAUGUAUUAUUACUUUAUCAACUUUAUUAUAUUUGGAUUAUUUCUCCCUUUGAGUAUGCUGAUUGCUGUUAUUAUUGCUAAUUUCAACAAAUAUAAAAUAAAGCAGGGAGGCUCAAAUAUCUUUAUAACAAUAAAACAGAGGAAACAGUAUCGUGGGCUGAAGAAACUGAUGUAUGAGGACUCUCAAAGACCAGUACCUCGCCCAGGAAACAAGUUACAAGGAUUCAUUUUUGACUUGGUAACAAAUCCUGUCUUUAAUGUCAUCAUCAUGGUUCAUAUCUGUCUCCAAGCAAUACUCCUUACAAUACAAAGUGAUGAACAGAGUCCACAAAUGGAAACUGCUUUCUUCUGGAUUGACUCAAUUUUUGUUAUGCUAUAUACUAUAGAAUGUAUACUGAAACUCCUCUCUUUCCGUUGUUACUAUUUCACCAUUGGAUGGAACAUUUUUGAUUUUAUGGUGGUCAUUUUCUCUAUUACAGGACUAUUUCUGCCUAUGACAGUAGGAUACUACCUUGUGCCUCCUUCGCUUGUGCAACUAAUACUUCUCUCACGGAUCAUUCACAUCUUGCGCCUUGGAAAAGGACCAAAGGUGUUCCAUAAUCUGAUGGUCCCCUUCAUGCUGUCCCUCCCAGCACUGUUGAACAUCAGUCUUCUCCUCUUCCUGGUCAUGUUUGUCUAUGCCAUCUUUGGAAUGUACAACUUUGCCUAUGUUAAAAAGGAAGCUGGAAUUAAUGAUGUGUCCAAUUUUGAAACCUUUGGCAGCAGUAUGCUUUGCCUUUUUCAAGUUACAAUAUUUGCUGGUUGGGAUGGGAUGCUCACCGCAAUUUUCAACAGUGAAUGGUCUGACUGUGAUCCUGAUAAAAUUAACCCCGGGACUCAGGUUAGAGGAGAUUGUGGUAACCCCGCUGUUGGGAUUCUUUACUUUGUCAGUUACAUCCUCAUAUCAUGGCUGAUCAUUGUCAAUAUGUAUAUUAUUGUUGUCAUGGAGUUUUUAAAUAUUGCUUCUAAGAAAAAAGUCAAGACCUUGAGUGAAGAUGAUUUUAGGAAAUUCUUUCAGGUAUGGAAACGGUUUGAUCCUGAUAGGACCCAGUACAUAGACUCUAGCAAGCUUUCAGACUUUGCAGCUUCUCUUGAUCCUCCUCUUUCCAUGGCAAAACCAAACAAGGGCCAGCUCAUUGCUUUGGAUCUUCCCAUGGCUGUUGGAGACAGAAUUCAUUGCCUUGACAUUUUACUUGCUUUUACAAAGAGAGUUAUGGGUAAUGAUGUGAGGAUGGAAAAAGUCCUUUCAGAGAUAGAAUCAGGGUUUAUGUUAGCCAACCCUUUUAAGAUCACAUAUGAGCCAAUUACGACUACUCUGAAACGAAAACAAGAGGCAGUUUCAGCAACCAUCAUUCAGCGUGCUUAUAAAAAUUACCGCUUGAGGCGAAAUGACCAAAAUACAUCAGAUAUUCAUGUGAUAGAUGGUGACAGAGAUGUUCAAGAGACUAAAGAAGGUGUCUACUUUGACAAAGCUAAGGAAAAGUCAAUUAUUCAAAGCCAGAUCUAAUUCCACUUACCACCUCUUUACCUUCUUCAUAUAGCUCAAAAUGGUUAAAAGUGUAAAUCAGAAAUAAAAGCAAAGAUCAGAGAAAGCAGAGAUAAUAAUCAACUGUUUACAAGCCAUGGAAGUGAAGCUGUAUUCACAAGACUCCAUGCCAAAUUCACUUAUUUGGCACUGUAUGUUAAGUCUAACCAAUCAGGAAAGACAACUCUUUAACAUUGCUGCAGUGAUUUAAGUGGGUUAAAGUUGCCAUUGGACAAUCCAAUGUUUUUUUUCCUCUAUAUGGCUUAUAUGGAUUGUACCUCUUCUAGAGGAUAGGCGAAGGUGGUGAUAGAGAUUAGUGACAAAGGAGGCUUCCUUAUGUAUUUUAUGGCUAAGUUUAUGGGCUUCAAGUCUCACCACUAUUAGGGCUUAGUUACAAAUAAACAAAUACUUUCUUAAUAUGGGAUGGUGAAGUACUACAGGCCAUUAAAUCAUAAACUUGCCUAGACAAAUGCCAAUUGGGGGAACUGGAGAGGGCAGUUCUUUAGAAAGUGCCUUUGAGAUCAAUCACAGAGAUUGUUCAGCUGGUUAAAAACACAUUGAAAAAGAUUGGUUGAAGCUCUGUUUUCAUUUUUCUUUGUUCUUGUUUCCUUUUAUUUUGGGUUCUGGGAAUUAAUGUUGUUUCAUUGUUCUUAGGCUCCUGGCUUCUCAUCUCUUUGACUAGUUCCACCUAAGCUCUGGCUCUUGAACAGGAUAAAUUCAUAAAAUAAGAAGCAUAAAGGAAACUGACAAUUAUGGUCUACAUUUUCUUCUCAUUUACACUUUUUUAAAAGUAUGCAUUACUAAAAUGAUGUACUAAAUAAUAUGUUAAUAGACUCAAGCUUUGCCUUAUUAUAAAAGUGAUGUCUUUUUUACCAUGUAUCUCUAAUGUAAUGCUGAGUAUGUAAGAUCUGGCAAUACAUGGCAUAAUAUGAACCAGAGUUGUAGAGAGCUACUGUUUUGUCUAGGAAUUUGAUUUUUGCAGUGUCUUUUAUUUGAAAAACUGGGGCCACUUUAAAAUACUUUUCACUGUACUUUAUGCUUCUUUAUAAUCCAGAGAAAGAAAAUGAUCACUCAAACUGUAAGGACUAUGAAUUAGGAGAUAAAAGUGUAAGUUUGUUUUUGUUUUACAUUGGUGUAUACAAGUUAGUUUUCACUUACACAUUUAUUAUUCCAAGUUUUUUAAAAUUUUUAUCUCAUCACAUACAUAAUUACUCUGAAAAAUUCUUUAUGUUUAAAGAACUUUAAAAUCUUGAACAUUACUUUUAACUAUUGAAAUGAUAUUUAAAGAUAGGCACAAAUAGUUGUUUUUUGACUUAUUCAUUAAAGUGCAUUUACAUCCAUGUAGUUUGAGAUUCUAAUAUUUAUUCCACCUGUAUGAAGAUUCAUUUCAAUGUGUCUACAAAGUCCUCAAAGAUUCAUAAAGGAAAUCUGCAUACUAUUGACUUAAAUGACACCCUUUAAAUAUGUUUUAUGACAUUCAAUAUCAUUUACAUUACACUAAUUGUAUUUUAUUAUGAAUGCAUGAUCUUGAGCCUUAAAUAUUAUAAUCUUUUUCUGCUCCUCAGAAAUGUAAUAACCUUACCAAGAUGCCUUUGGGGGAUUCCCUAAUUAAAUGUAAUAUCAGGGGUCUUUUUUUUCUAUAAAUGUUCCUUCCCUUUCUCCUCCUGCUCUCCAUCAUGAGAUGGGGACCAGUGAGGAAUCAGUGUUAACUUGGUGACAAUGUGGCAGCUGGUGCUUUAUCUAAGCUUCUCAGUUUUCCAUUUCUUGGGAAUGCUUUAAUGCAGAAACUGCUUCAAAUACUUAAACUGAAUCAUAACUUGCUUAUGUAAAUUCCAUUAAGACAACAAACUGAUUUUAGUUUGAAAAUUCUAGCUUUUACUUAUGAAUCGUGUUUGCCAGUUACCUUACAAAAGCUGUAUAAAGAAUUAUUUUUAACAAAGUCUUACAAUAUAUCUUACUUUUUAGGUACUAUAGGAAAUAAUAAAUACAGUCUGUUAACCACAAAAA